AUUAAUACUCUUACUAAUCAAGGAAUACCACUGACUAGUCAUAUUAUUAAAAACCUUGCAGAGAAGAUUAAGGGAGGGCCGCUAGGAAAGAACUGGGUUAGCCAAUUUGUGAAGUAUUACUCCAUUAGGCUAAAGAGCCUUUAUUUACGAAAUAUUGAUAAUUUACGUACUAGCGCUAACGUAAUUUAUUACUUUAUUAUUAUUAUUCUAUAUAUAUAUUACUUGGUGAUUAAGAAAUAUCGAAUUAUGGCCGAAAAUAUAUAUAACUUUAAUAAAAAGGGAUUCUUGAUAGGAUAUGGGCGAUCUUUGAAAAGAAUUAUGACCAGAGCUACUCUGGAAUCGGGUCGAAUCUCCAAAUCAAAGCAAGAUAGAAGCCGCGAAUUUAUUAGUAUCUUAGCUUAUAUAUCUGUAAUCGGAAAAUGGAUACUACCGCUUUUAAUAUAUUAA